AUGACUGGUCCUCCUUUCGGGCCGGAUGAUCGACCUGUUGGGAUAAUUGAAACAACUAAAGAUGACACCUCAACACUUUGGGGAGAAUUUGAUUUGGUAGAUAAUGCCAAUUCCCGCUCUCGGGCCCCAAUUGUUGUAACCGGUACUGCGAGGUUGAGUACCAGGUCCGUGUCAUCUUUGGUUGGAAAGCAUCAAAUAACCAGCACUGUAUUUGAUGUAGCUGCUUCACACUCUUCAACUCCAUCGGCUUCAUCUCCACCUUCACCACCACCAGCAACUGCCACAUCAUUUCCAUCUUCUUCCACUCUUCAAACUACGGUUGCUACAUCAUCUCCAUCGUCCGCACCUGACCAUGAAGAAGAAAAAGUUUGGGAGAUGAUUCAGACACUAUCAGGAGAGUGUUUGUUGAACAAUGCUAUGCAUAACGCCGCGGCCAAUUUUCUUGCUUAUGAGAGCCUUCAAAGGCUGAUUCGUGAGAAGAAAGAACUUACUUAUGAACGGGAUAAGCUUUUGGCGAAACGGGACCAAACUGUUCUCCACCUCUCAGAACUAGAAAAUAGAGCCACCAAGGCCGAUAUUUUGGAAACUUGUUUGCAGCAAAGCGAGCAAGAAGAUGCCAUUCUUGCUGCAACCGAUCGUGAGGCUGCCUCUGCUAAAAGAGUGAUUAACUUAGAGGUAAACUUAAACUCCAAAUGCGAAGCGCUUGCUGCUGUGGUAGCGAAAUAUGCCCAGUUGGAGGAGAAGUACAAGAAAACUAUCGAGCAUAAUAGACUCUAUAGUUUAACUGUCCGUGAGCUCGAUGUCAGUCUCAAAUCUGCUAGGUCCGCCGGGGAAAAUCUUUCUGCCGAAAUUAAUCAACUCAAAGAAGAAUUCAAGCGCCGAGCGGAUUCCCUCAUUGUUGAAAAAACUUAUUCCAUGUAUAGUAUGAGGAGAAAAAUCUUAGAAGAGGCCAAGACCGGUAUCAUUGACAUUGAUGCUAAAACUGUUAAGGCCAAAGAGCUUGAGUUGGCUACAAAAAAUGGACUUCCGGCACAGUCUGACGCUCUAGGUUCUUCUGAUUACGGUUACGAGUUUUCGAAAACUAAAGAGGUAUUGGAAGGUGAUGAUGCCGAAGACCAAGCUGGGGAAAACGUUGAGCAAUCGGCAGAACCAACUCCCGGGAAUACAUAUACUUCUCUUCCUCUUGAUUUUAGAGACGCUGAGGCUUAG